CCUCGCUCCCUUCGCACGAGGCAAUCAUGGAGGCGAUGCGCGCCCUCCCCCUCCGGCAGCCACUUCCUCUCUUCUUUCCCUCGUCUGUCGUCCGACCUCAGAUUUAUGCUUGUGCAAUUAUAUGCUCCCCAAAAAAUCUAUGUGCGUGUGUGUCCCGCCAAUUUGUCGCCGCGCGGGCAUCGUGUGUGGCACUGGCACCUGUGUCUGUCGGUAAGCGCCGAGAGCCCCAGCCACUACGCCCGCGACACCUCCCCGCCGCAAGAUAUUUCUCGCUGUUCCCCUCCUCGCACUCUGUCUACUUCACCUUGAGCUCGAGCGCUCCGCGUUCCCAGUCCAGCUUCGCCUUGGCGACAUUGGCAUCCGCAUCGGCAUUCGUCCUGCACCGCGGUUCCCAGCCAUCAACGCCUGGUGGAAAAAGGAUAAGUUUGCCAACUUUUUGCGAUGAAAGAUAACUUUACCAAGACUUCUGUUCAUCGUCUACCCCCAUUCUGAUAGGUCAUCAUUAAGUGGCUGCACCAAUGGGUUCAGUUUCCACUUACUGUUCUUACCAAACAAACAGCGUCGGUGCAUUCAAGCAGUCACCUCAUGUUCAAUUCCAACAAUGUUGUCACAAAGGUGUUAGGUUCCUGAAUAACGAAUCCCUGUCCGUGAGGAAUAAGACACACAUGACCAAAACAAUAGCCACAAAAAAUGAAACUCGUCCUAGUCCUGGUAGAUCUUGGGCACCUAUUGUAUGUUCUACUGGAAUGCCAAUAAUUUUUGUUGCAACUGAAGUGCACCCAUGGUGCAAAACUGGAGGCCUUGGCGAUGUUGUAGGAGGACUUCCUCCAGCUCUGGCUGCAAUGGGGCACCGGGUUAUGACGAUAGCUCCUCGUUAUGAUCAGUACAAGGAUACAUGGGAUACAAAUGUUCUUGUGGAGGUAAAUGUUGGUGACAGGACAGAAACGGUGCGCUUCUUCCACUGCUACAAAAGGGGAGUUGACCGUGUUUUUGUGGAUCAUCCUAUGUUUCUCGAAAAGGUAUGGGGCAAGACGGGUGCAAAAUUGUAUGGUCCUACCACUGGAACGGACUUCCGAGAUAACCAGUUACGAUUCUGCCUUCUGUGCCUUGCUGCAUUGGAAGCUCCAAGGGUUCUCAAUCUUAACAAUUCUGAAUAUUUCUCUGGACCGUACGGAGAAAAUGUUGUCUUCGUUGCAAAUGACUGGCACACUGCAGUUCUGCCAUGCUAUCUAAAGAGCAUUUAUAAGCAAAAUGGAAUUUACGAGAAUGCUAAGGUUGCUUUCUGCAUUCACAAUAUUGCCUAUCAAGGCAGAUUUCCCAGUGCAGACUUCGAACUUCUUAAUUUACCUGAAUGUUUCAUGCCUUCAUUUGAUUUUAUUGACGGGCACAUUAAGCCUGUUGUUGGGAGAAAGAUCAACUGGAUGAAGGCAGGGAUCACCGAGUGUGAUCUGGUCCUUACAGUUAGUCCACACUACGUUAAAGAACUUACUUCUGGCCCAGAAAAAGGUGUCGAAUUGGAUAGCAUCCUUCGUACAAAGACCCUCGAGACUGGAAUUGUAAAUGGCAUGGAUAUUCAUGAUUGGAAUCCAGCAACAGAUAAGUACAUCAGUGUCAAGUACAAUGCUGCAACGGUAACGGAAGCAAGGGCUCUCAAUAAAGAAAUGCUACAAGCGGAAGUUGGAUUGCCGGUGGACUCAAGCAUACCCGUUGUAAUUUUCAUUGGCCGUCUUGAAGAACAGAAAGGGUCAGACAUACUAAUUGCAGCCAUUCCAGAGUUCGUGGAGGAGAAUGUUCAGAUAAUUGUCCUUGGUACAGGGAAGAAGAAAAUGGAGGAGGAACUGAUGCUAUUAGAAGCAAAGUACCCACAGAAUGCCAGAGGCAUAGCAAAAUUCAAUGUUCCGUUGGCGCGCAUGAUGUUUGCUGGGGCUGAUUUCAUAAUCAUCCCGAGUAGGUUUGAGCCCUGCGGUCUCAUUCAGUUGCAAGGGAUGAGAUAUGGAGUGGUUCCGAUAUGUUCAUCGACUGGAGGACUCGUCGACACGGUUGAGGAGGGUGCCACCGGAUUCCACAUGGGUUCGUUCAACGUUGAGUUUGAAACCGUUGAUCCAGCGGAUGUUACGGCGGUUGCCUCUAAUGUCACACGAGCUUUGAAACAGUACAAAACACCGGCAUUCCAUGCAAUGGUUCAGAAUUGUAUGGCUCAGGACCUAUCUUGGAAGGGACCGGCAAAGAAGUGGGAGGCGGCUCUUCUUGGCCUGGGAGUCGAGGGAAGCCAGGCAGGUAUCGACGGCGAGGAGAUCGCACCACUUGCGAAACAAAAUGUGGCCACUCCCUGAAAUCUCGAAGCAUUAGGAUGGAUCUUUUAGGAUCCGUGUCAUGCUAUAGUUGCAUGCCUGAAAAUAAUGAGGUCGGUAUCCCUGCAGGCUGAUGUCACUGUCUCCCCUACAUGUGUAAUAUAUAAUCCCUGACAUGGGGUAUGAGCAUACGACAUGCAUGUACUGUAGUUCCAUGAUAAUUUGUAUGAAAAUAAUGUCCAAAUAAUUGAUUCGUAUAA